AUGGCCCGGGAGUUGAGCCAGGAGGCACUACUGGACUUUCUGUGCCAGGCUGGGGGCCGAGUGACCAAUGCCGCCUUGCUGAGCCACUUCAAGAGCUUUCUCCGAGACCCGGACGCGUCCCCCGGCCAGCACCAGCGCCGCCGCGAGCUCUUCAAGGGCUUUGUCAAUUCGGUCGCCGCAGUGCGCCAGGACCCCGACGGCACCAAGUUCGUGGUACUCAAGAGGAGGUACAGGGACCUUUUGGGGGAGGAGGGGCUGCAGCGCCCCCGCGACCCGCCGGUGGCCGCCGCCCCUGCAGGGAGAGCUGCGCCCCGCUCCCCGCCGGGCGCGCGCGGUGGGGAGCCACCGCCGCCGCCGCAGCAGCCCAGGAGGCGGCGGCGCGAGAAGGAGCGGGAGGAGGAGCCAGCAGGUGCCGCAGCCCCAGCAGCCGACGCAGGUUGCAAUGGACUCCCCGCCACUGGCGCCCAGGAGGCGGCCCUGGGAGGCGGCGGGAGAAGAGGCAGCUCCAGCCACAGGGCUCUGGUGCCCGCGGCUGCAGCGGCAGCUGCCCAGGUCGGAGCGAGGUGUGCGGCGGCGAAGGCGCAGGGCCGUUGCUGCUGGGAAUGUCUCCAGAACGGCCUGGGGGCACUUCCCGACCGCGCCACCGCUGGGGAGGAGCCCGCGCAGGCUUCCGCUGCCCUGGAUGACCGCGGGGCUCCCAGGCAGGAGCUGGAAGGCGCGCCCGCUGAGCCCUCGCGGGAGCUGGCAGCGCCCCUCUCGCCUUCUCCAACCGUCGGUGCUACUGGGAGCCAGGGUUCCCCGCCUGCCGUCCAGUCCCGCCCUUCCGCUGAAGAUCCGCCGGAGCUUUUGACUCCGGGAGAUCUGCAUUAUUCGACCCUGCAGCAGCAGCAUCAGCGCACUCAAGAAUGGGUGGCCAGACACCCUCAUAUCCCCCAGGACCAGGGCCCCAUCAGAGCCUGGUCGGUGCUGCCAGACAACUUCCCCUCGGAGCUGGGCUUCUGGGGCCUGGACCCUAACUCAGCGACGGUAGACCCCACUCUUCCCUCUCAUUCUCAUUUUCCUGUUUCUGAAUCCUGGCCUGGGGACUCUCCAUUGACAGUCUUUCGUAGCAUUCGCUGUCAGCUGUCCCUUCAAGAUCUGGAUGACUUUGUGGACCAAGAGAGCCACGGCAGUGAGGAAAGCAGCAGUGGGCCCAAAGAGUCCCCUGGGGGUUCUGAAGAAGGGCUGCACGUUGCCCUGGGAACCCCAGAUUGGAGAAAGCUCAGGAAUCCAGCUGGGGACCUUUCUCUAAAGGAGGUCAACUCCAGCAGGAGCCCUCAGGGCCUCAGGAACAGAAGAGAUGGUCACACCUUUCAGCAGGUCCCAACAAGGGCUAAUGGCCUUGUAGGCCACCCCCAGGAGCCUUUGCCUUGGCCAGCUCCCAAAUUUAGGAGGUCCCUCAGGAGGGGCUCUCGGGCAGAGAGAACCAAAUUGUCCUCCUCUGAUGAGGAGUGCCUUGCGGAGGACUUGCUGAAAAGGAGUAGGCGCCCACCGCGAUCCAGGAAACCCUCCAAGGCAGGAGCGAUGUCCAGCCCCAGGGUGGAUGCUGCUUUGACACCAAAACCUGCUGACAUUAAAGCUGCUCUUGCUGAGAGAAGUCGCCUGCACAGCUUGUGGGCCCCAAGUAGAGAGGAGCCUACAGCCUUGGUUCCCCACAGACCCUCUGAGCACAAGCCAUCCCUCGUCCCCCUAGAUGCCAGGGAACAUGAAUGGAUUGUGAAGCUUGCCACUGGCUCUUGGAUCCAGGUGUUAACUUUGUUCUGGGAGGAUCCCCAACUGGCUUUGCACAAGGACUUCUUAACUGGAUAUACGGCUUUGCACUGGAUAGCCAAACAUGGUGACCUCAGGGCACUUCAGGACUUGGUCUCAGGGGCCCAGAAAGCAGGAAUUGCUCUUGAUGUAAAUGUGAAGUCCAGUUGUGGCUAUACCCCUCUGCACCUUGCAGCCAUUCACGGCCACCAAGGAGUCAUGAAAUUGCUAGUGCAAAGGUUGGCUUCUCGGGUGAAUGUCCGGGACAGCAGUGGGAAGAAGCCAUGGCAGUAUCUGACCAGUAAUACCUCUGGGGAGAUAUGGCAGCUACUGGGAGCACCUCGAGGCAAGCCUAUUUUUCCUGUCUAUUCCUUAGUUCGAAGCUCUUCCCCCACCCGGAAGGUCAAGAGUCGGGAAAUAUCUCGAAAUAUCUCCCGAAAGACUUCCUUUGCUGCACUACUCAAAAGUCAGCAUAGCAAAUGGAAAUUGGCCAACCAGUAUGAGAAAUUCCCC